AUGAAAUUUAGCUAUUAAAAAACAAUACUAAUUACUCUUUUGCUGCUUGUUAGCAGUAUUAAAGGUUUUCUCGAUUAUGAUGAAGAACACCUCUUAAAUUGCAAAGAUUUCCACACAAAUGAAGCUCUCCAAACAACCCUAAUUAUUCACUAAAUAGACAAAUGGGUAUUUUUGAUAUUAGCACCUUUCGCUAUUCUCUCUACACUUUUUAUUAUGCUCACUUUUUAUAAGUAUCCAACCACUCGUAAAUAGCCUGGUGAUAUUAUCUUAGCUAUUUCAAUAAGCGACUUUAUCUUAUGUUUCCAUUGGAUUAUUUCUAGCGCUUAUUCAUUGUAUUAUGAGAUUGGCCCAGAUCCAGAUGGCGCUUUUUGUUAGUCAAAUUCAUUCUUUAGUGUUGCAGCAGGAACUACUGAAUUCACAUAUAAUUGCUGCUUCUGUUUGUAUGUUAUUUUUGUGAUAAGAAAUAACCUCAAGGGAUAAGUUAUUCCUUAAAAAAUAUUCCAUCUUGCUUGUGGAGGAAUUACAAUUUUAAUAGUCAUUCUUGUUUUUGCUACUAAGAAUUCAGGUUUAUCUCUUUUUGGAACAUGCUCGUUUAAAGUUAAUGACGGUUUUCCUGUAUUUGGUGUUGUGAUUCUCUUCGCAUACCUCUUUAUUUCUUGGUACACUAUUUGGUAUUUCCGUAAAUCUAUACCAAAUAAUCAAAUCUUUAAAAAGAUGCGUGAAGAGUUUUUGAGAUAUUAUUUCUACUAUGUAGUUUCAACAUCUGUAAUUUGGACUAUCCUUGCUUUCAGUAACCUCUUUGCAGGUCUCAACUGUAGCUACUUUUAAGACCCUUCAAUGAAUGUGAUAAUAACUAUAGGAAAUGCAGCUAAAAUAGGAACUCCUAUUAUUCUUAGUAUAAUCCGCUACAAAGAUCCUACUAUUAAAAAGAAAGUCCGUGACUAGCUGUGUAGAUGGGGAUUUAUUCGUAAAAACCGUCCCUCUCUGACCAAUCCUUUGAAUCCUCACAACAGUAAUCAAUCUCAGCAUAUUUCCUUAAGCGAAUAAUAGAGAAGACAAAGCUCGGAAGACGGAUCUAGUUGGUUCACAAAGUUAACUUAGAAUCUACGUAUGACUUAAAUAUACGCUAUGAUUUCUGGUAUUAUUAUAAAUGACAUAAUCUAAAAGAAAAAAGAAAACCCAUAAAGUAAUGGUUCAAUAAAUGGUCCUACUAUAAUUAACAUUUCCAACCCUCUUGUUGCUCUUAAUGAUGAUGAUUACACAAGCGAUUAAGAAAUAGAGCUAAAUGAUGAACUUAUUAGCUAAUAUAUUCCUUUCCAUAAACAUGAGUAGGGUAGUCCUUCUGUAGAAGGCAAAGUCACAGUACAUGCUCCUAAAGUUUUCCGCGCUCUUCAAUAAUCUGAUGGAUUGAUGGCAGAUAUUUAAGCUUCUUUCGAUUUAAUUAAUAAUAUAGAGUCGAUAUAGAAAAAGUUUGGAGGUCCUGAUGGAGGUAAAAGUGGUGAAUUUUUCUACUUUACUUAGGAUAGAAAAAUGAUCAUCAAGACCAUGAAUAAAGGAGAGCUUGAUGCUUUUUUAAAAAAUCUUAAAAAAUAUGUUAUUCAUCUUGUUCUAAAUUAAGACUCGCUUAUAGUCAAAAUUUAUGGCAUAUAUACUUUCUAGAUUAACAAAACACAAAACCAUGUGUUGAUUAUGAGAAAUAUCAGCUAAUGCCCAAGCGAAUAUAUUGAACGUACAUUUGAUCUAAAAGGCUCUACCUAUGAUAGAGAGGUUAUUUCCUAGAAAAAAAACAAAGGAAAAAAGCUAAGCGAAAUGACUAUGAAAGACAUAGACUUCAAAAACACAGAAGGAAAGAUUUGGAUUGAAAAAAAAUAUGCAAAGAGAUGCUCAGAAUCUCUAGAAAAAGAUGCUCGUCUCUUUGAAUCAUGUGGCUUGAUAGAUUAUUCUCUAAUUGUAUUUAAAAUAAAUUGGAUUAAAUACUCUAUUGAUACCUAAGUUGAGAUUGAAGACGUUUUGAAAAAAUUCCAUAGUGAUCUUAACAUCAUAGAGUCAACCAAAGAAGUUGGCAUCUAUUAUCAUAUUGGUAUUAUUGAUUACCUCCAAGAAUGGAAUGUUUAAAAAAAUUUAGAACAGAAUACCAAAAAAAUAUUGAACUUAAAUGGAAACCUUGAUACCUCUGCUUAAAACCAAAAAAUAUAUGCUGAUCGUUUUAUCAACGAAAUAGCUAAAGGCAUCUUUGAUGUAUGA